UUCGCGAGAAUCCCCAUGCCCCAUUGUUACAACGUUGGUGUCCUCUCCUCUCCUCUUUCGGAUUCAGUUUCGGUUUCUGUUUCUGUUUCCGUUUCCUCUCUAUCAAAAUCAAUCAAUCAAUCCAUUUUCACCGUCCAUUCAAUUUCCCUUUCUGUUUCCCUUUUUUUCCCAAAAUAAAAAUCAAAACUCUCUUUUAAACUUCCUCAGAUUUCGCCCCAGAAUCUUCACCCCAUUAUUGUUUUUUCUUUUUUUCCAAUUCAAAAACUUGCUUGUUCUCUUUGGUGGUGGGGGUUCUUGUUCUCUUGUUCAUUGUUCUGGUUCUUCAAUGGCGUCCAGUAUUGGCGUGAUGGAUGGUGCGUACUUUGUCGGCAGGAAUGAGAUUCUUAGUUGGAUCAACAAUCGCCUUCACCUUAACCUCUCUCGCAUUGAGGAGGCGGCAUCUGGUGCCGUACAAUGCCAGAUGAUGGACAUGACAUUUCCAGGGGUUGUUCCAAUGCACAAGGUGAAUUUCGAUGCAAAGUCAGAGUAUGAUAUGAUCCAAAAUUACAAAGUUCUGCAGGAAGUGUUCAACAAACUGAAAAUUGAGAAGCAUAUUGAAGUUAGCAGGCUUGUUAAAGGUCGGCCAUUGGAUAACUUAGAGUUCCUACAGUGGAUGAAGCGUUACUGUGAUUCUGUCAAUGGUGGCAUUAUGAACGAGAACUAUAAUCCUGUGGAGCGUAGGUGUAAGGGUGGAAAGGACCGAAAUAAUAGGAGUUUAAAAAGUGCAAAGUCGCUGCCGGUAAAUACUAUGAAUAAUUCUGGUUCAGGCCAUACACUCAGUCCAAAUAAAACCUGUGGACCCAAACAAUCAAGAUCAAGUGGAGGAGCAGGUGCGGCUAGCUCAUUGGCGGAGAUUCAGGCUUUGUCCAAGCAGGUUACUGAUCUCAAACUCUCAGUGGAUCUCUUGGAAAAAGAACGAGACUUUUACUUUUCAAAACUAAGGGAUAUAGAAAUUCUUUGUCAAACUACAGAACUGGAGAAUGAACCUAUGUCUGUAGCAGUUAAAAAGAUUUUGUAUGCCGCUGAUGCAUCUGAAUCACCAUUAGAGGAAGCUCAGGAGUACCUUAAUCAAACUUUGCAUGCUGUUGAAGAAGAACCAGAACCCGAACCAGAACCAGAAACUGAAACUGAAGCUUGAUCACUCUGAAAACUCCUUGUCGAACAAGCUCAGUGCAAUCUGUGAUGAUGAUACUGGUAAUCCUCCCCAUGCAAUGGCCAUAAAAAGUGCCAUGUAAUUUAAUCACAUAGUUGUAGCUAUUAUGAUGCUUUUUGUUUUGUUCUUGUAAAAGCGUGGAUGGAUAAUCAGAUGAUAUUCUAGCUGAUCUUUCCAUGAAUAAAGCUCAUCUCAUCUUCCUUUUUCA